UUGGCAUUCUCCUGUUUUCAGGUGCUGCUGUCCAGCACUUCCGCUUUCGGGCACAGGAAUUCGUAGUCAGUACGACGUCACUCAUCCUGCAUUUCGGUCUUAUUUUUCACCGGGAGCGACGAGUCGCGGAGUGCAAUUCCACACGGACGGCGCUUUUCGCAGUAUGCAACGUUUGUAAAAGGUUAAAAACGACGCUCGCCUAAUUGAGCAGAUGGGAGACACAGAAGGUACAGAAGAGUGUUACUGUGCGGGGUGUGGAACAAGAGUCCACGAGCCGUUCCGCAUGAAGGUCUUGCAGGACAUUUGGCACUACGCCUGCUUCCAGUGCUCUGUGUGCUGCGACCACCUGACUAACUGGUACUAUGAGAAGGAUGGGAAGUUGUACUGUCGCAAACACUACUGGGAGAGGUUUGGAGAGCUGUGUCACGGAUGCUCUCUGCUCAUGACCGGACCUGCAAUGGUGGCUGGAGAACACAAGUAUCAUCCCGAGUGCUUUGUGUGUCUCAGCUGCAAGGUGGUGAUUGAGGACCGGGAUACGUACGCCUUAGUGGAGCGCUCUAAACUCUUCUGUGGGAAGUGCUACAAGCAGCUGAUCCUCACCCCCAUGUUGGAAAAGCGCUCGCAUGACUCCGUCCUGGACUCACUCCCCCACACGGUGACGCUCAUCUCAAUGCCCUCCGCGGCCAACGGCAAGAGAGGCCUGUCCGUAUCGGUGCUGCGUGACGUCAGUGGCGUGGCGAGUGUCCAAGUCACAGAGGUCAGAGGGAUGCUCAUUAGUCCCGAGGUGCGGAAUGCCAUCCACGUUGGAGACAGGAUCCUUGAGAUUAAUGGUGUUCCGGUGGGGACACUGCUGGAGGAAGAGGUGGAUGACCUCAUUCAUCGCACCAGUCAAACAUUACAGCUGCUUAUCGAAUAUGACCCCGUGAGGCAACGUUUGGACCGGCUCCGACUGGAAACGUCCAGGAACACGCUGGGAGUGCCGGCGACUUCCCGCAUGCGCCUGUCCUCGCCAUCAAACGCGGUCCUGGAGAGAACUGAGGUGGACGACAACACACUGAAGAGGAGAUCUUUCAGGCGUAGUAACAGCAUAUGCAAGUCCCCUGGACCCAAUUCCCCCAACGAGCAUCUUUUCAUUACCCGAGACAUUGGUCGCUCUGAAUCUUUGAGGUCGUCCAGUAGCUGCUCUCAUCGCAUCUUCAGGCCAUGUGACCUCAUCCACGGCGAGGUUUUGGGAAAAGGCUUCUUUGGACAGGCUAUCAAGGUGACUCAUAAAGCCACAGGAGAGGUGAUGGUGAUGAAAGAGCUGCUUCGCUGUGACGAGGAGACCCAGAAAACUUUCCUCAAGGAGGUCAAAGUCAUGCGGAGCCUGGAGCAUCCUCACGUCCUGAAGUUCAUCGGUGUGCUGUACAAGGACAAGAGACUCAAUUUGAUUACAGAGUUCAUCGAAGGAGGCACCCUGAAGGACUUCAUCAGAGACACUGAUCCGUUUCCAUGGGAGCAAAGAGUGAGCUUUGCAAAGAGCAUCGCGUCUGGCAUGGUGAGUAGUAGGCUGUUUACACAGACUGAUGAUAUGAGUGAACCAUUUGCAGGCCCUAAUUGUAAUGCAAAUGUACCAUGCGCUUAAAGGUACACUGCAAUCAUUUCAUUGCCAUUAGCUCUGUUGCCUUUAAAAAUUCACUGAUUCUUGAAACACAUUGUAAACUUACUUCAACAUGUCCAUUUUGUAUGUUUA